UCCGGCGCGGAAAAAUGGCAGCCGCCGCUGCGGACUCACGUGUGAGUGAGGCAGAAAAUCUGAAAAAGACCCCAAAGAAGAAGAUGAAAAUGGUAACCGGAGCCGUAGCGUCAGUGCUGGAAGACGAGGUCACAGAUACUUCUGAUAGCGAAGGUUCUGUAGGAAGCUGUGGAUCGGAAAAGGACCGCUUUUAUUCUGAUGAUGAUGCAGUAGAAGCUGACAGUGAGGGUGAUGCUGAGCCCUGUGACAAAGAAAAUGAGAAUGAUGGAGAAUCAAGUGUUGGGACUAAUACUGGCUGGGCAGAUGCCAUGUCUAAAGUCCUCAACAAGAAAACUCCUGAAAGUAAACCUACUAUUCUGGUCAAAAAUAAGAAGCUGGAAAAGGAAAAAGAAAAGUUAAAGCAAGAAAGACUAGAGAAAAUAAAACAGCGUGAUAAGAGGCUGGAGUGGGAAAUGAUGUGCAGAGUAAAGCCAGAUGUUGUCCAAGACAAAGAGACAGAGAGAAAUCUUCAGAGAAUUGCAACGAGGGGUGUGGUGCAAUUAUUUAAUGCUGUUCAGAAACAUCAAAAGAAUGUUGAUGAAAAGGUUAAGGAAGCUGGAAGUUCUAUGAGAAAGCGUGCUAAGUUGAUAUCAACUGUUUCCAAGAAAGAUUUCAUCAGUGUUUUGAGAGGAAUGGAUGGAAGUACAAAUGAGACUACUUCAAGCAAAAAGAAACCAAAAGCCAAACAGACUGAAGUGAAAUCAGAAGAGGGCCCGGGUUGGACGAUCCUACGUGAUGAUUUCAUGAUGGGAGCAUCUAUGAAAGACUGGGACAAGGAAAGUGAUGGGCCAGAUGACAGCAGACCAGAAUCUGCAAGUGACUCUGAUACAUAAAGCAUUAUAGGAAAUACAAUUGCAGUCAUUUUAUUUUUUUCUAGAGAAAUACGUCAUCCUCUGAUGGUGAAUUAUAAGGAUACCAUUUGUAAAAAAGUUAAAAGACUUUUGCCAGAUUUCAUAUUUCCCUUUUUAUGUACAUUUUAUAUAUACGUCAUUAAAAAUUAUAUUUUAAACCCUUGCAUAAUUUUAAGCGUUGUUCCUCAGAACAUUUGUAAAAGGAUAUAUUUCUGCUUGACUAGCGAGAUACGCAUUUUGCCAGGAUCAUAUUGGUCAUGUCUAUUGGUGUGUUAUUUCAGUAUCACCAAUGUUUUCAGAAAUACAGUACUAAUUCAUAAUUAAACUCUUUGAAGUUAAUAUUUCUUUGCCUUCUAACUUAUAGACCCAACUAUGUAUCUGUAGUUUUGGGGAAUGAUUGGUGUCUUAUGGUUUGUGUGGGGAAGUUACUGAGAAAACCUAUAUAAUAAAAUUUAUAGUU